AUGGUUAAGACCAGAGGAUUAGGUCGUGCCUUAGGUCAGGUUACUGGCAGAGGUGUGGGCAGAGGAGAUCAUGCUGAUUUCGAUGAUGCUCCGCAGCGUCGACGACCUACUGCAUCCGCACGAAGGCAGCGAGUCACUGUGACUGCGACGCACGAUGAGCCAGUGGUCCCUGCGCCAGAUGUUCAGGAUGACCCGAUGGAGCCACCAGCUACUGCAGAGGACAUUGUGGUAGACAUUCCUGCAGACACAGGCGCAGAGGCUGCUGAGGAUGAGCAUCAGGGAUUUCCGGGUGGUCCGAGCGACCCAUCCGUGUUGACCCAGUAUGCGGAUCACGUUGCUUGCAGCGUAUGGAUGGAAGAGAAGCGUCCUGAAUUGAAGCUAUCCUCUCAUGGGAGGAAGGUCCACAGUUUAGGCAGGCUUGUCCCUGCCAUUGAGGGACUUAUUGCUAGUACAGGACUAAGUCCUCUGAUCGCGUGUUCGGUAGACACCGGCGAUCGGGGACUUUUGUCCGCGUUUGUGGAGCGGUUGCACCGGGAGACGUCUAGUUUCCAUCUCCCGGUGGGAGAGCUCACCAUCACGCUGGACGACGUCUCCUCGCUUCUCCAUCUGCCCAGUGCAACCAAUGUGCAUGUUUUCUACUUGGAGGCCCUUCGUGACCUCAGUAUGACAGAGAGGUACGCCUGGGGAGUAACUGCUCUGGUUCAUAUGUACGACCAGCUGAACGAUGCAUCUAUGAGCCACAGUCGACAGCUUGGCGAUUACAUCACACUACUGCAGUGCUGGAUUUACGAGCACUUUUCCUCGGUCGCGGAGUCCACCGCUGAUCAGGACUACGACGAGGCUUCCCCGAUCCCUUAUGGGGAGCAUCGGGAGGUCCGGGACUUCCACGUCAGAUCAUGCUAUUCCGGUCUCUUGCGCUGGGGGCCUGUUGUUGUUUAUUACCGACCGGAGAGGGUCGUGUGGCAGUUUGGCUACACACAGACCAUUCUUGCUCCUCCUGUCGAUUCAUGGGUCUCGUAUGAUGAUAUACACGACAGGUGGAUGCACUACGAGGAUCAUAUCGUUCCAGCAGGUGAGGUGUGCGUUGUGUCAGGCCAGUGUUCCAAUGACUACAUGGACUGGUUCUUCGGCAUCUCCCAUCCUCUCAUGACACCAGGCCACGCAUCAAAUUCUCUGCUUCAUGGUCACGCCCUGCAGCCCCGAGUCGUCCCUCAGGCCCCGCAGACGGAUAUCCCUCACGUGCCAGAGCCAGGAGCAUCGUCGACAUCUGCGGAGGAGCCUAGACAUGCAGUGGAAGUUUGUGAUGACAUUGCUGAGAGGUUGGAGCGCCAUCUGAGUCUAGGGGUGGUCACGCCUGGCUAA